CCCAGAAGGGAAAGCCUUCCGUUCCAAAGUGGAGCUCAUGGCAUACUUCCAAAAGGUGGGCGAUACCACUACGGAUCCCAAUGACUUUGAUUUCACAGUCACGGGCCGAGGGAGCCCUUCUCGCAGAGAAAAGAGACCACCAAAGAAGCCUAAAGUGGUCAAACCUUCUGGUCGCCGGAGGGGUCGGCCCAAAGGCAGCGGCAAGGUACGGCAGGCCACAGAAGGGGUGGCAAUAAAGCGUGUCGUCGAAAAGAGUCCAGGAAAACUCCUUGUAAAGAUGCCCUUUGUGGCUCCCAAAACUGAACCAGGGGCUCCAGUGAUGCAAGCGGCAGUUGCCAAAGUGCGCCGAGGGCGCAAGCGGAAAUCAGAACAGGAACCGCCGAGCACCCCCAAAAAACGUGGCCGCAAGCCAGCAGCUGCUUCACAGUCGGUGGUGGGGACGGGUUCAGUCGCUGCAUACACGGCCGCGGCCAUUCUCACCGCCGAGGCCAAGAAAAAAGCUCAGAAGGAGUCUUCCGUAAAGCCUGUUCAGGAGAGGGCGCUUCCCAUCAAG